CGUCGUGAUGUGACUGGAUCACAGCUGGUCACUCCAUCCGAACGACCGGUAUCCGAUCAACCUGACGACCUGUCUCUUAAAGACAGGUCCGCAACCUUACUUUCAAAUCCGGAAGAUGAUGUGCCUGCGAAACGUUGCCGAACAGAUGCCGACUCACUAAGCGACAGCAGUAACCGUGCUGAAGACCCAAGCGCUGUAUGGCGUACAUCAGCCAAGUCGCAAUCCUCAUCUGGGGUGGCGAAGACUCAAGAUGAGGAAUUUGAUGAAUAUUUUUCGGACAUGCUCCUUUAG